AGUGAGGGACUUAAUAACAGUUGCCCAUACUUCGGUACUUUGAACAAUUACUAUUGAUCCGGAUACCUUUCUACUUUUUGUUUCGCUGAAAGUCUUCCGUGUGGUAUCAUAUAAAAUGUAUCAAUACUGAGCGAUUUGUAUCAUACUUCUUUUUGUCUUAACACACCAAACAACUGCAAACAAGAUGUGUCUCAGAAUCGUGAUAAUUGCUGGUCUGAUGGCCGUGGCAUCUGCUACCGAGAUGGCGGACAAGAGAAGUGCGUCCUGGGACGCAGUCACUUCGUCCGAAUGGAACCCAGCCAGUGGUGGUAACGGAAUUCCCGCCACGCUGGUAAUAAACAGCGGAGGCAGCGGAGGUUGGUCAUCAGACUCAAGCAGCGAAGUAGCGGGCGCAGUGGCGGCAGCGAAGGCUGCGGCUAGCGCGGUGAGGGCGGCGCAACAGCAGGUGGCAGCCGCCAAGAACGCCGCUCUCCACCAGCAGGAGCUCGCUGGUGCUAAGGAGGCCGCAGCUGCGCACGCCGCCCAUAAAAGCGAGGAGGCAUCAAGACGAGCUCGUGCGCGUGCGCUAGAAGCUGCGCAGUCCGCAGUACAUGCGCAGGCGCGACUCGCAGCGGCCAAGGCUCGCGCCGCAGCUGCGCAGAGGAUCGCCGCUGCCAGGGAGGCGGAGGCAGCCAAAGCUAUACAGCAAGCCGCCCACACACAAGCUGCUAGGCUUCAGAAUGCUGACAUCGAGUCACUGAAACUGUCAGUGCUGCAAAGUUCAGGGGCCGCGGGCGCAGCCGGCGCAGCGCAGCACGCAGCGACCUCUGCCGCCGCGGCGUUACGUCCCGACAACCAGGGCUGGAACCCACAGGGAUGGCAACCUAAUGCCAACGCCUGGGACUGGUAAACUGAUACAACGAAGCAUACAAACCCCAACCCCAUCAAGAAAUAGUUACAUUUCUUAGAUCUUAGAAAUGUAACUUUUUUCGAACAGAUCGAUAUUGUGAUCUUAACACGGAUUUCGCAAAUAUAAAUGUUUAAAGUCUUCCAAUGAUUUCGCAAAUGAAAAUCUUUAUUAUUAAUGUCUAUGUUUUUAAUUAUUUAGGUUUAGAAUUGUUUGUUGAUCUAUAAGUACUAUUUUAUCGUUGAAUAUCUUUAUAACACUAGCUUUUGUCCGCGACUUCAUCCGCGCGGAAUUAAAAAAACCUUUUAAGCCU